AUAAGGCACAGAUGUGAUCUCUGCACUUACUUAUUUGGCUGACAGAUGUUUACGCAUUUUACAUUUUGUGGACAGAUGUGUACGCAUUCCAGAUUUUGUGAACACCUUACAUAGUUGAUUGACUACUUUUGGAAUCAUUUUCCGUGAAUAUUGUAGGCUUGUAGCUCUUUCAAUUCAGGAUAAACUUUUGGGUUGCCCAAAGUAGCUCUCAAGGUUUCAGUGUUGUGAAUUUUGCAUAAUAUAAGCACAUUAGCAUUGAGUGAUGGCAAUUACCAAGUGCUUUUUCCUAAUAACCUAUACGAUGCAUUCGUAAUUGUGAGUGAACUUCGGCUUUGUUGCUGCUCUAAUAAAUACCUCAUCACUAGGCAAAACCAUAACACCUGGCACGUUGUUCUAUCUCUUAGUCUCUGCACUGACGUAAAUAAUGUCUGUUGUAUGCCUUUAGAUCUUCCAUACAAAAGCACCAGCUGAGUAAGAAAAACAAGUAAAAAUAAUGAACUGUUGAAGGGGAAGUCAACUCAUAAAAUAUCCCCAAGAGCAGUGCACAUAAGUAAAUCCUAUGUGGUUCUGUUCCUUGCCAAGGGGAGCUAUAUUCUGUUGUUCAAAUGUCUCAUGAUCAAAGAACUCUACUGGGCAAGGUCGACAAACCAGAGAGCAUUAAUGAACGCGCUACACCGUUAGCAUCGUCAUUCACAUAGCUUUUGAUGGUUAGGCAGCUAGUCCUACCAUGUAUCUCUGAUAGGCUAGGAAGCUACUUCUAUCAGUAUGUUCAAAAUUGAACAACGCUGGAUAUUCCAUAAGAACUUUUGUUGCUUUACUCUUGUAUGUUGCUGAUCUGUACAUGCUGUUCAUUAAUGAAGAUAGAGAGAUAAUUUUUCACAUGCUUCACAUCAGGUGGCAAUUUCUUACUUUGUAUGAUAUGUUUGAUAUAGCUUCCGUUGUAAGAUUUCGUUUUUUGUUGUUGUUUUCUGUUCCUGGAACAAGGUUUAGCAACAACGGAACUUUAAAUUAUGACUGGUCGUAUCUUCUAACUAAAAACGACAAUAUUGAAACUUUAAACUGUGACUGGUUGGGUAUCUUCUAACUGAAAACAACCGGAAGACCUGAUACAGUAAUUUAUUUGCUAUUUCUUAGCUGUGAAAUGGAUGCCGCAGGGAGAUGAAAAAAAAGGACUAUAAUGAAGCAAACCUCGCAGUUUGCUCUGACUGCACAUGUAGGGAUCCUUUCUUUUAUAACAUACAUGAUACAGUUAUCCUUUAAUUAGAUGAAAAACCUAGACCUCCCUUACCACUGAUGUAUGUACAACAUAAAAAAUCCAAUACAAAGUGUUAAGUUAAAUAGACAGAAAGAUAGCAAUAUUGCAAUGUUUCAUCAGUGGUAGAGUGGAGAAGAGGUUGACUUCACAAUUUGCAAGUGCGCAACUGCACCUUGAUGUCCCAGUUAGCUCUUAGUCUCUUUUUCUUAACACCUCCUGGACAAGAUGGCUCUCCUGCAGGUUUAUAUCAGCCUAAAAAAACUCUAAAUUUUGGCUGAAAUGUUGCAAGACGGAAGACAAAUGCUGGCUGGCGAACGCUUAGUUAGUCAUGCCAACAAAGGAGCCUGUCCAGACAAUCAGAUGAUACAUCCAAGCUUGACACUCUUCCGCUGCUCUAACGAACCUUCCCUUUAUUAUCUUUCCAGACAACAGGAGAUGAUAGACUUAGAGUCAGUCAUGCCAACAGAGGAGCCUCUCUGCUCCCAUGCCUACAAGGCUAAGUACAAAUUAUUUUGGUUGUUAGAGUUUAAAGCAGAUCAUAUGCUAUAAAGGUUUGCUGAUUGAGUCUGUGGAAUUGGUUAGCAUGUGAGGAUCUGGAGUGCCUUUAUAGAGACAGAAGAAUGAGUUCACUCACAUGCAAGUACGCAGCCAAGUUGAAUAAGUUGAGUAUAUAAUUUAGGAGACAGGCUUGUAUUCUUUAUAUAUAUUCUUCUCUCUCCUGGAGUGCAAUCAUUUUGAGAGAUGGAAAUUGGCAAUGGAUUCUGAAACUUAUAACAUGGCUGAAGCAGCUGUGAGUUGAGCAAUGCACCAGACCAUGUGAGCAUCCAUGAUCUCACCAGCUUUUUGUUCAGGCAUUUUGGAUUGGGGCUAGAGGUAGACUUGUUUAAGCUCCUGCUUUUCAUAAAAAGCCUUAUAAUAUCAUGCAAGUUGCACUGUGCAGAAUUAUUUGGUAAUUCAAUUAGAGUUGCCAUACAACACAAGAAUUCAUUUAUAUCAGACAAGGAUGUUCUUGGAUAGAUAAAUAUAAGUGUUUGUACGUUGAGUACUUUUAAGAUCUCUUGCCUUCAAUCUGUCUGACGGGUUGGUAGGAUCUUAUGCAUCUUUGGUUAGUUUUGAGCAACUUUAAUUAUUUUGUUCUUCUGUUGGUUAUUUUGUAGAAGAGCAAAUGAGUUAAAAGCCAGUUCUCUUUAAAUAUUGAAGAAUCUGAUCUUGUUUCCUUAGAACUUGCAGAGGAGGCAUAUUGUUCCCGACUUAUCUAUCCUCCGAGCAAUUUUGUUAAGCUGCACACUUGAGAAUAUGCCAAUUUAUCCAGAAUUGCUGACUGUGAUAUGUUCUCUUCAUUUAUGCAUGCACUGGUCUUGUUCCACUUCAAUUGGCAACCCAUGCAACUAUGUACAGUUGUUGCCUAACUGAUUGACAAACCGGUUCACCGAAACAAUAGUAGGGCAAGAAUGGAGAGCUAUAUGAAGAAGGGUUGAUGAACUCUAUGAUCUUUUCACUGCUGUAGUAAUGGGACCUGUCUGGUCUUGUCUAGCACUAUUUCUGUACCGCAACAACUUAUAAUUUCCCGACCAUACACAUGGUUGUCUAUUACCUUGAGAGACCAUCAUUUGAAAUCUUCCUCUCUUUCACUAGAUAAAAUAAAAUAACAUAAAUUUGAAGCCUUCCUCUGACGGGCCUUAUAUUCUCAUUCAUAGCUUGGGCACUGGAUUCUUAAUGGUGGAUGCUGAGGAGAGAAAUGUUGACAUCAUCUGCUAAUGGCUAUACUGAAGGCACAACUACACACCAAAAGUGAAUUCUUCAUAUUGUGCGAGUUCACGUUGCCCGUUCGUGACUAGUUGCAUGCCGGGAUUUGUUUGUACACUUCCUCAUGCUUUAUCCGCCCCGAAUAGGAGAAAUAUUGGUACAAUGGAGGUUUAUGAAGAGAUGGUUCAAUACCUGCAUACCUCCAUUGAUAUAUGUGUUACUCGGUAAAAAAUGUAUUUUAUCUGCAUCUUUGUGUUGUUCUUUUGAAUGCCCAUAUUUUUUUUUGAAAGGAACAAAUUACCUUACCCAAAAACAUAUGCUGUAUCAUUUGAAAAGUAUUUCUGUGUACCUCAAAUUGUGAAAAAGGCACUGUCCGGUUUGUUGCAAAAGAAUAGUCAUUCGAAAUUUAGGAUAAAUGGAGAAUAAUCUAUAUCUGAUCACAUCCAGAAAAUUAGCUAUAGUGGUAGUAAUUUUAUUUUCAUUAUCAAGUAUCCAGUUUAUUUAGGUGCACAUUAUCUAAUAUUCUAAUGCAUAUGUUGAUUCUACUCUUAUAUGGAAAUGGAGGGCUAAGCUGGGCAAAAGACAGAUUGACGAGUGUGUGUUCAUUUUUGGCUCAGUUUUAUCUGUUUAUUCCCUAUUCGAUACCUUUUACUGAAAGUGAUGAUCUUUAAAUAAUGUUUCUUGUUGCUCACAUGUGCAUUUUGUUUUGCUCCCUAAGGUGUUUUUUAGGACUGUAAGUCUUUAAGUUCAUCAUUGUUAGUGAGAAAACAACAAAAUGAUUACUGCCUCAGUUGCCAGCCUAGCUCAUUAUUUAUUACUGCUAAUAUUGUUAUUAGCUAAGUCGUUGUCCCCUAAUAAGGCCUAUGUUCAUUGCAUCUGCAGAUUUUGUUGUGAUAUUUCAUGGUUCCCAACAUAAGCAUUGUGUUGUUGAGAUAUAUGUUUUGAGUGUGGAAUUUGUUUUUGUUGAGUUCAUGAAUUCUACAUGUUAUGCUAGGAUUGGCUUUGUUGAAGUGUUGAAGCACUAAAAGUACUUGUUCCAAGGCAAGUAGUACUUUACUUUUCCCUAACUAGUUGCAGUUGACUUAGUUUAAGAUUAUUCUGCAGAUUGUAAGCCUAAAAAAUAUUAAAAUAUAAAUUUAUGCAGCAAAUAAUGGAGGCACAUAAUUUGUUCAUUCUCCACUAAGCACUUUAAAUCUCUUGUUAUAUUGAGAAAAUUGCAGACUACAAAAAGGCACCUUUUAAAUUAUUAAAAAGGAAGGCCAAGAUCAUACUGAGAUCAUCCUUCAGUUAGGAAGUUUCUUCGUGAUACCCUCAUCUUCGAUCCUCAGUUUUGUUCUAAUAUUACGGCCUCAGUAGCAUAACACAGGUUCAAUGCAUAUGGAGAUUUUCUUCUGAUUUGAUUCCAUCAUACAUGAUUAAUGUUCAGCCCUGUAAUAACUACUGCUUUCCCUUGCAACCUUUUUGUACUUAACGAUGUCUUGUAGUGAUUGCAUGGAUGAUGUUUGCCUAGCUACAGCUGUCGAGUGAAGACGUAUGUGAGAUAGAUAAGUGCAUAGUCUAGGUGCAUAGCCACACAGAUGCAUAUAUAACCCUAGCCAUAUCCUGUGCACACUAAUCUGUUGCUAAUGUCACAAGAUGUGCACACUAGCCAUAUCCCCUGUGUCUCUUCCUCUCUUACAAUGGGGACAUGUAAACGAUAUUUGCGGUAGUUAACGAAAAUAAUUACCUUGAUCUAGGGAACUUAUUGCCAAUAUAGCUGCUGUUUGGGGGAUAAGAAACACAGAUAAUUUAUGGUCUUGUAUCAAGGACCCUGUCAUCUGACUAGAAGGCGAUAGGGGAACUUGGUUAGUUCAUAUCAAUAUGCUAAUUCUGUGAACAGGAAACUUUGACAAAGGUUACUAUCUAGUUUUCAUGGCACUACAAAAGAAAUAUACUUUUAUGUUGCAUUCAAAAUUAUUCAGUUUUUAAGAUGGAUCAACAAAACAACCUGAUGUUUGAGUAAAAUGAUCUGAAGUACGUGGAGCACUCAUAUACUUGACUCCCCACUCAAACAAUUUUCUGAGUCCAAGAAUUACGAUGUGUUCAUAUCCUACUGCUGUCCUAUGCUGCCGACUUGAUUGCUGUCACCAGGAUGUGUAUCAAACAUAGCUGUAAUGACUAAUGGAAGUACCACAUUGGACAUAGCUCCAUCCCACUGCAUGGAAAGUGAAAUCAGACAAGUCUCCUAGAAGUCCAAACUUUAAGCCUAUUGUAGAGCAUUUCAUAAAUGCACUACUACCAGGCGUUAUCAUCUGUCAACAAUAAUUUGAAUUAGUCAGGACUGAGAACUCCAUGCCAGUGCACGGAAAGUGGAAUCAGACAAGUUUCAUAGAAGUCUGAGUUUUACCCCUAGCUUCGUCGUUUGUGUAGAGCAUUUCCUAAUUGCCGAAUCACCAGGUUUUAACACCUGUUAGCGGUAAGCUUAAUCAGUUCUACUCUAUGCAUCAAGGUGACCUUCCUGGAAGUUUCCCUCCAAGCAUUGGUAGGAUAUCUUUUGGAGUUCCUUUCUUGGAGUCACUAAACAACCUUUCAUCUGCCUUUGUUGCAUGGAUGGAUGGAUGACCACUUGAUCUUGUCUGUUUUUACCACUGUAAUUCUCUGGGGUGGUCAUGGCCAUUGCAUACUUUAAGCCUUUUGCUAGCUCCUAAGCUCCAAGCAAGUAGAAUAAUGAGUAGGAUAAGUUUAGGGUCAGAAGUGUGCCUCCUAGUGCGUAAACAAACUGCCUGCAUGUGGGGGGUAUGAUGUCCUUUUGAUAUGGCAUAUCAUCCCUUGUGUGCCUCUAUAUAAAGGCCCCCCCACUCAACAUCCCUCUCAUCUCAUACCACACCAGCCACUAGUCUACAAGCUGUCUGCCUAGCUGCACUCCUCUCUUUGCCUUGCACCAAGCUUCCUGAGCAUACCAUGAAGAUUGGAGGCCAAGGGAAGCUCAACAGGGCUUUCAGAGAGAAGAGGGCUAGGUUCUACAUCUUCCGCCGCUGCGUCGUCAUGUUGCUCCGAUGGAGCGACUGAUGGGUCUCCAUGGCGGCUCUUGUUUUUUCCUUCCAUUCUAGGAUUUUCUUUUUUGGCACAGCCAUUUUUUCAGGGUUAGAGUAGUUUAGGUGUAGUUGCUCUGUAUAGGCUAGACUUCAUUGUUUGAGGUCCUUUUUUCUCUCCAUGGUUGCCUGCUGUCACAGGCAAAGGGGGAGAGAUCCAACUCAGUAGUCUGAGACUGUCAUCUUCUUGUACGACUGGAGAAAGAUUGAUGUGAAGAUCAUUUCUUACCUGUGCUUCAACUUGAUGUUAUACUGUUGAUGAUAA